AGAGCUAAAUUCAAUGAAACGAUGUAAACAAGCACAAUUUCAGUUUAUUUUAUUUAAUACAUAAAACAAAGAUCAAAGGACCAGGAUUAGUAUAAUAAAUUCAUUUUUAAAACCAUAUAUACCGUAUUGACUUAACGCAAUAGUGUGCUAUUUUACGAAAGUGAAACAAAUUACCGCAAAUAUUUACCAUUAACAUGAAAACGAAAGUAGCGAGCAGCUGUACGUUUCAUGUGUAGACUCGUAGAAAUGAGGGACUGAAAAUACAUGCAGUGCUUUAUACAGUCAAUACAAAUUGAAGCUGCAAGUCUUUAUGUAAUUUCAUGUACAUUACAAACCGGCGUCCCUAGUAAGCACGUACAGUAAUGGCUUUGAGCCCAGGCCCUGUUGGGUUCCUUCCUACACAGAUUCAUCCAUGGGACUACUUGAUGCGCAGACUGUGCGAGGAAUUGAAUGACGAAGAGAAAGAAUAUUUGAUGCAGUUUUAUAUUCGUGAUGGAGAGGUACCCGGCAGUUUCGAAACACUCGUAGCGGAAAGAAUAGGAAAAGAUAUUGACUCGGCGGAGCAGUUAAAGCGAUAUUUAAAGGGCCAAUAUGGGGGCCAGGGGUCUUUUAGUUGGUCGGAGAAAAUUGAGGGGUACAUCAGGGACCUACAAGAAUAUAUCCAUCACUAUGAGAUUAAACCUACAACAACGUUUAUUGGCAGAGACGCGGACGUAAAUAAAGUAUGCAGGGACCUUGAAGAUUAUCGCAAUUUAGGGUUGAUCGUGCAUGGCUUUGGCGGGCAAGGGAAAAGCUGCCUAGCCAAUCAGGUGUGCCACAAAUUUCAAGAAAAGGGUUGGUUGGUUCUAAAAAUCGACCUCAGGAAUGUAACACACACUAGCGACGUCCUAAAGACGUUGUUGCUGAAACUGAAACAACCGUUCCCGACCUGUGAACAUGUAGAUCUUUUAAUGAAAAUACUUGUAAAAGGUUUACAUGCUAUAAAACACAAAACAUUGUUUUGUCUGGAUGAUUGUGACAAGAUCUUUCAGAACCAAUACGAACACGAAUUGUUUCAGGAUGCCUUUUACAGUCUAUUUCAUGCACAGGUUGACGCUCAGGUUAGGAUUUUGAUAACAACUCGUGAAAAAGUCCCAGAAAAGCCAGGUGAAGAUAAAUUAUUCGCUCAACAUCAUUUGAUGCCUCUUGUUCUCGAAGACGGCGUUGAUCUUCUAAAAUGUUGCUCGGGAAUGACCUUCGAGGUGGAUAAAGCUGAAGAAAUUGUGCACAAAUGUGCUUGUUCGCCAAUGGCAAUAAAGAUGGUAUCUACAAUGCUGAAAGAAGGAAAAUUUACAACGGAUCACUUAAUAUUUCAUCUUAACAUGGAUAAAAAUGUGUCAAAAGGGCUAGGUGUCAGGUCAAUAAUUGAAGAAACAAUUACAAACUUGGACCCAUUGGAACGCAACGCACUUGCAGCGAUGUCAGUUUUCCAAGCAUCGCCAUUCGAAUUUGGUGCAGUUGAGAAAAUUCUUCAAAAUAUAUGUCACAAUACAGGUACAUGCAUGUCAGUACUUCAGAGGUUGCAUGACAGUAAUUUACUGGAGGUUGAGUCUAGACACAAGUCUGAAAGAAAAUGCACCUACUCCCUCCAUCCAUUAGUAUAUCAAUACUUAUCGGAGCAGAUAAAGUCGGAAGCAUACACGAUUGCAGUGCAGAAUUUUGUUGAGUACUAUGAAAAGUUAAUAGGAAGAAUCAUGCGCGGAAUGAACACUCGGUAUUGGAAAGGCCGAUGGCUUUUGGAAACAAACAAGAUUCACAUUAUGAAGUUUUAUUCCAUCAUGGCGGAUGAACCAGAAUUGCUUCGGCCGAUGAAGAGCAAAUUUUCACCCAUUGAGCUUUUGAUCAAAAAGCAUUUAUCCGAUCUUUCUGACCUCAUGAUAUCUAAUGUUAUGAAAAGGAGAAUAUUCACUAGUGAAACCAAGAGAGCACAGAAAGCGAAGAAUGACGAUGCUUUUAUUUUCUGGAUGGUUGAAGAAGCGGAUGUAUUUAACCUGCUUCACGACCAACCGGAUAUUGCAUUGCAAAUGCUUGAAAAGUUGUCGGAAGGAAGAUAUGCGGCACUUCGAGGCCUUCAUGCUGAUCCAUUUUACAACAAGUUGGUUCAUUCACUGUUCCACAAAGUGAAGGGGUUGGCUAAGUGGAAGAAACUCCAGUACCAAAGUGCAAUGGAGCAUUUGAACUUGUCAGUGUGCUUCUUGCAGAAGAUCGAACCCUUACCACAGGACUUCAUUUGCAAAGUGUGGUGCUUCAUCGGAGAAAUGCACAUUGAAAUUGGGGAUUUUCAGACAGCGUAUGAUGUCCUCCAAACUAGUUUCGAAGCACUGACGGACAUAUUACAUAACAAUGCAAAGCCCUCCAAACAAAGCGAGCAGUCAUAUGAACUACAUUUGGCGAUUCCAAAACACUAUUACCUUUUUGCACUAAUCGAGUUCAAGAAAGCGUUGCUGGAACCUGAUCCAAAGGAAAAGACCAGCUUGUUCUCAAAUGCAAAGCAAAAACUGGGAAAAGGAAUGAAGCUUGAUGAGGCACUGAAGAUCGACUACUUAGACUGCUACUACACCAAAAUGAAGCUUCUGGCAGACAUUUAUGUCGAGGAAGGGCAGAUAGAUAAAGCGUACCAGGAUGCACUGUUCGUCUUGGACCAACGACGGGAAAUAUUGCAACCCCCGCACAAGAACUACACAGAGAGUGUAUACCAGGUGGCAAGAAUAUGUAUGUUGCAAGGCAAGAAGUGUGCACUUGAAGGAAAACAAGACGAAGCAAAGGAUCAAUACAAGACCUCCGUGUGCCGGUUUUCUGAGAUGAUUGAUCACCAUCUGAAGCAGGGUCACAUUCCUCGAGAGCACGAGCUUUAUAAAAAUAUCAGACGUGACCACAUUCGUGCUGCAGAGUGCCUCGGCGAUCAAAAGGAAACUAGGAAAGUUCUUAAAUUUUACAAGGAUCUCGAGGCAGGACAUUUCGAGUCCGUUUGGAAGUCGCGCAUGCACAAGGUGCAGGAAAUGAUGUUGACACCGAUGGAGAUGCUUAGGAAGUUGUUCAGUUCUCAAGCCAACAUCAGCACGGAGUUUGGUGGCGCUGACCACACUCUACAGCGUGUCGAGGCAAUGGCCCACGCGGGAGGUGAAGACAUAGGCGACAUGUUGGCAAUGAUGGAGCCGGUACGCCGCGACUCUGGGAUGGGUCACAGCAGCUCGGACUUCGGAGAAUCAUUGUCAUCCGGAAGCGGAAGUCUGUCUGCCAACGUCAGGCUGAUGCAGCUUGGGAAGUCCACUUCUGUUGAGGAUGAAGUCUUUGAAGAACAAACUGCUGCAGCAGCAUCUGUGGAUACAGAAGCGCCCAAAAAACGUCUCAAAACAGAACCGUAGUCGACAAAUGGAUACCCUAGUAUUAAUUAUUUGUGCCAUAUGAUUGUACAGCAUUUACAGAUCUGUUUGAUUCCUGUAACAUGUCUCGAAUUUACACCCGAUCCUGAUGUUUUGAAUCUCAAACCACAAAGUGGUUACACAAAUUUAAAUCAUAUAUGUGCUUUUGCUUGAUACUUGGUGCAUGUUGUUUUCAAAUGUGAAUAACUCAGUUGUCGUAAAUAACUAACCGAUGCAUUUAAGGUUUCCAUCCAUUAGAUGCAGGUACAGUUUUACAUUUUGGUUGCUACCCGAAUACUUCAGUGCGGCAUAUAGUCGCCGCUUUGUGCGAUGGGUUCAUCUUCCACACCACAGCAUACAUCCGCUUGAAAUCAACAAACCGUACAAUAAUACUUUUAUUUUAAAACAAGAAGGUGUGCGUAUUACGAGAACUUACUGCAUGUAAUUUAUUUAUUUUUUAUAGUAAUAAGACGUAAGAUUUAUUAAAUCGGUUAAAAUGCACUAUUGAUACAAACUAUUCCGUGGUAUUCCUCGGCAACUACUGACAUCAAAUCAACAAAACUAAAUGGAAGCUUCGUUGCAAAUAAGAAAUAGGCCUACUACUUCAACGUUCCACUUCAAUUAUUUGUUUCAAAGUUAUUGAACUUUGAAAUUUGUCUUGUAUUAGAAUAUAAUUUUUACAAUUAUUGUGCGAGCUAUUUUAUCUACAAGUACGUACCGUUUUUCAUACGUACUUUUUGGGAGGUUAAGGAAAACAUUAUUAUAGUUUGAAAUGCGCCCGUUCAACUUUCAGCAGCUAUAUUUGCUGAAAACACAUGAAGUAUAACUAUAUAAUAAAUAGACGUGUUGUAUUGCCUGAAUAGUCUGUUUUGGUUGAUUUUAAGAUGUAUGGUCCUAAUGUCUAAAUUAUUGUAUACUGCAAAACUGUAUUGGCUAUCUUUAAGUAAACGCUGUCCUUAUCAUGGCCUUAUGUCAAACUUAAAUGUCAUGGCUAGUUCUGUAUUUCUAGGUAUGUUUAUAGUUCCGUCAUGCUCAUGUUUAAAUAUUGCAACGCAAACUGCAUUUUGAGCAUCCGUCAGCAUAAGUGAUCAACUUUUUAUAUUAUAUAUCUAUAUGCAUGCAUUGAUGCUUGUUGAUGCUUUAUUGUAGAUCUGUGCAACUGCUAUAUGGUGUAUGUGCAUUAAAAUUCGAAUUCUAAUUCUUUUUAAAUAGCCUCAACAUUUUAAAAUGCAUGAUGUCGUAUAUAUGGGUAGAAAUUCUACGUUAUGUUACACAUAUUACCUUAAAUUGGGGUUAUAUAAUUGUCUAUAGUGUCUUUUUAUAACUUAUUUUUUUGCUUUUGUA